AUGGAUAUUUCUCAAAUCCCAUUAGAUACUUUGGUGGUAGAUCAAGAGAAUAUAAAAGAAAUCCAAUGUGGAAUAUGUCUUCAAAUUUUAGUUACUCCUCGUCAAUGUAGAAAUGGUCAUUUAUUUUGCUUAGGUUGCAUACAACAAAGUUUAAAAAAGAAUCGCCAUGAAUGCCCACAAUGUAGAUGUUCAUUGGAUUUCGAUAGUUUAAGUAGAUCUUUAUUUUUAGAGAAACAUCUAAAAAAUUUAAAUGUAUAUUGUAAAAAUCAUUUUAAAAUUGACAAUCAUCCGACAUCAUUUGGAGGUUUAAAUAAUUCAAGUAAAAAUUUACCACCAACUUGGGUAGAUGAUAUGGAGGGUUGUGGGUUUGUUGACUCAUAUGAGAAAAUUGAAAGUCAUGAAAAUUCUUGUCAGUUUAGAUUUGAAAAUUGUAAAUUUAGUGUAAAUAAUAAUAAUAACAACAACAACAAUAAUAAUAAUAAUAAUAAUAAUAAUAAUAAUAAUAAUAAUAAUAAUAAUAAUAAUAAUAAUAAUAAUAAUAAUAAUAAUAAUAAUAAUAAUAAUAAUAAUAAUAAUAAUAAUAGUAAUAUCAAUAAUAACAGCAAUAAUAGUAAUAGCAAUAAUAAUAAUAAUAGCAAUAAUGGUUUCAUUGGUGUAAAUGUUUUUAGUUCGAUGACAUCUAGUUUAAAUAAUAGUAUUCAUGGUAAUUGUAGUGGUUUUGGUGCUAGUAGUAAUAAUAGUAGUGGUAAUAAUAGUCCAUUUGUUAGAGUCACCGUUUUGAAUUCAAAAUCAAAUAUAGUUGAUAAUAAUAAUAAAAAUAAUAAUAAUGAAGAAGAUGAAUUGUUAACAACUGAGGGUAACAGUGGUGAAGAUCAUAACAAUAGUUUUUCAAGUUAUGAUACAAAACCAAUUGAAUGUGUUAAAAUUAGAUUUAAAGAUUUAGAAAAACAUUAUCUAAAUUGUCCUUUUAGACCAAUAGAAUGUAGCUUUUGUAAAUCUGAAUUUACUUUUUAUUCAAUUAAAGACCAUGAAACUAAUUGUGAUUUCAAAUUAGUAGAAUGUAAUCAAUGUAAAUCUCAAAUAUCAAAAAAAGAAUUAAAGUAUCAUUUAGAUGAAAAUUGUCCAAAUCAAAUCAUAUCUUGUACUUUUGGUUAUUGUGAUAAAACUUUUGAAAGAAAAGAAUUAAAUAAUCAUUUAAAUGAAACAUUAGCACAACAUAUGAUAAUGAUGAAACAACAACAACAAGAAGAGAUUAAUUUAUUGAAAAAAGAAUUUACUAAUCAAUUACAAUUAAAGGAUGAGAAAAUUAAAGGAUUGGAGAAAUUAAUUAAAGAGAAACUAUCAGAACCAAAAAUUAAAAUUGAUUGGAAAAUUAAAAACUAUUUAGAAUGUAAAAGAAAUGGAUAUCAUCAAUCAGAGAAAUUUAUUAUCGAAGGUUUCCCAUUCUUUAUUGGUAUUUUUACAGAUGGAGAUAAUAAUGAAAGUAAAGGUUAUAUUAGUAUAUAUUUAUUUUUAGAUACAAGUGAUAUUCCAAAAGGAAGAUCUAUAAACACCGAGUUUUCUUUAAAAUUUAAUAAUCAAAGAGAUUCAGCACAAUCUUUAAAUCGUGAAUAUAAAGCAACUUUUCCAAUUCGUGAUGGUUCUGGUUGGGGAGAUAGACGUUCAAUUAAAACCCAUAAUUUAGAAUCAAAUGGUUACAUUAAAGAUAAUACUCUCUUAAUUACAGCAGAGGUCACAAUAAAGAAAAUACUUUGGUUGGUUGAAGAGUCUCAAUGUGAUAAACAUUAA